AUGAUGGAAGGACAAAAUGGCAAUAUCUCACCUCAUAAAACAACCGAGAAUGGAAUUAAAAGAAAGCCCCCUUACUCAGUGGAAACUCCCUAUGGUUUUCAACUUGACCUGGACUUCCUGAAAUAUGUAGAUGACAUAGAGAAAGGCAACACCAUAAAAAGAGUCCCCAUCCAGCGCCGAAGCAAGGGCCCACGGGCCAGCACUCUUCCCAGGCACCUUAACCCUUCUGGGUUUGGCUACCGCCCGAGCGCUUGGGGAUCUACUGGAGCUCUUGCCCCCAGGUCCCGACUGUCAGACGGCCAUCAUCAUGGCUACUCUUCCUGGGCAUAUGAUAACAGGUCGUCACUUUCUCCGACAGGUCUAAAAUCUCUGGCAGAAAUGGAUGCUAGAAUCAGGGAGUUUGAUGAGCAACCCUUGGGUGAACACAUCCGACCUCAUCUUCUCCGUGCCUCCAGUCUGCCUCUCACAGUAUUACUGAGACAGGGAUCAGAGUCCACAGAUGACCCUGGCAGCCUCCGAAGUUCAAGAGAUCACCUUUGUGGAGGAAACACCUCCUGCGAAGACGUCUUCCACUCCUCAGACAGCCCUCGUGCCCAAGACUGCUCAGGGCUGUUGAGGCGCCUGACAGAGGCACUGGAACGUGUGGGGGAGCUGGAGAUGGAGGUGCGGGUCAUUCCAGAGCUCCGGGCUCACAUUUGCAUACUUCAGGAGGAAAAAGAAAGGCUCCGUCUGGGCCUGAAUCCACAUAUCCAACCUCCAUCCAUGAACGGGACAACAGACCCUUGCAUCUCCUCCCACUACAGCACUGUGGACAUCAAAAGGCCUCAACCUGAAAGUCAUAUCAUGUUUCCUAGAGAUCACAGCCAAGACGUCUCUAAUCCUACACAUGAGUGGAGGACUAGUACAGAUUUGGAUGAGCUGCUGACCGUGACAUCCCUACAAGCCAAGGUAGCUGUGCUGGAGCAGAAGCUUCAUGAGACUGGACUGGAACUCAAGAGGGUCUCAGGGCUGCUUAAGGAGCAGCAGGACGAGAGCAGAAAGAAAGAUGAGAACAUUGACCACCUUACUAGGAAUCCUGGGGUGUGGGUCCGUGCAGAGAGGGUAGUGGUAAACCAGGAUGGAGAUGAGGUGAUGGUGAGAUCAAGAAGUCCUAAUGCAUUUACUGUCACCAGAAGUGUUACCGCAAAUGGACAAGGAAAUCAGCAUCAUGACUGCAUUGUCCCUUCUAUGGAAAGGAGUCCACUAUUGUCCGUGGAACGUUCUGAGGGUAUGGACACAGCAAUGGUCGUUCACCACAUAAAGAAGAUCAAGAGGCUCCUGGAUCAGCAGUGGGAGUAUUUGUGUGCAGACAGCACAUCGGCCGAGGGGGGUAAACCACUGCAGCACCAGGACCCUAAAGUCAACUCCCUACAGCAGGAGAUGAUGGGACUUGUCGACAUCCUCACCUCCUACUACACUCAACACGGACAUAGUGACGGAGAGAAAAUUCUAGAUGAAGCCCAUAAAUCCACCAUGAAGACAGGCGGAUGUGUCUGGAUGUCAGAAAACCUACACCCUGGAGGUGUUAAUGAAGGACGCAAAACAACCACAAGUGGAAAUCUCCUUGGGCAGGACUCUGUGAAGCGGAGCGUUCAUGGUGAUUGGGAGCAGAAGGAGGGCAGCAUCAGCCCUCGGGAGAUGGCUUCUGCCCAGGUGGAUGCAGACCCAGGGAAGAGAGGGAUGGAGGGGGUGAGGCAAAUGAGCCCAGACAGACAGAUGAUAUCAGGAGGAACAGGAUCAGGGUGGACAGAUGGAGGCGUAGCGUCUGUGCAAGCUCCAGAGAAAAUGGCCAAGGCAAAACUGCAGCCUCUAGGAGAACAGAUGGAGGGCUACUCUGGCUCCGAAACAACCACCAGGGGCAGGGAGACAGUAAGUGCAGAAUUUGUGAUUGCCUGUCAGUUCCUCAAUGAUCACAUGGAAAACAUGGAGAACCCCAGCGAUGACAUGAGGAAGGCCCUUGUUGUGCUGUUUCAGAACUGGUUUGGUGCGGCAGCAGAGGAGGGUUCAGUGGCCGACAGGGUGGCCAUGUAUCUGAGAGAAGUGAAGAAGGCAACACCUGCACUGUUGGCCUUCAUGAUCAACCUGGCUGACGACAACGGCAACACAGUCCUGCAUUACAGUGUGUCCCACUGCAACUACAGUAUUGUCAGCCUGAUACUGGACACAGGUGUGAGUGACAUUAACCUUCAGAACAAUGCUGGCUACACAGCAGUGAUGCUAGCCUCACUGACAGCCCCAGAUGGCCCUGGUGGCAUGGAGGUGGUCCGCAGACUCAUGGAGCAGGGCAACAUUAACAUUCACUCCAGCCAGACUGGCCAGACAGCUUUGCACCUGGCGGUGAGACAUGGGCGAGUUGUGAUGGUUCGCCUGCUGCUGAGCUGUGGGGCUGACGCUAACAUGCAGGACAGCCAGGGAACCACGGCCCUGAUGUUCGCAUCUGAGAAAGGCUACACACACAUUGCAAGGCUGCUGCUGGAGAGGAGCCAGUGCGACCUCACCCUGACUGACAAGCGUGGUCGAACUGCACUCUCUAUCACCAUGCAAGGUUCCCACACUGAUACAGCCGCCCUGCUGCAGGCCCACGCUAAAGCUCGAGCUCUGUAGUGGUGGAAAAAUGGAAAAGAAGACCUAUGAUCCUUUCACGUGCUAUCUCUCGCAGGCACUUCAAAACCCAGUUUAGUAUUGACGCUACGUGCUUGGAUUGAGCUCUCGCUUUCGUGAUACUGUUACGGAAUUCUGGGCUUCUGCAAAUCAGCAUAAGCUUGAAAUAUUUUGUAAGAAGACAUCAGUGAGUGUUUGUUAUGAUUACUGAUGCAAUAUACAGUAAAUGUGCUGUGCUCUUUUGUCUUUACUGUUGAUGUUCAUAGUUAUGUCUGAUCUUUGCACAUCCAAGUAGCAGCUUUGCUCUGCAAACUAUGCAAUGAAAAAGAUAUUUAUUACAAGACUUUUAUGUAUUGGUCAUGAAUAUGAGAUUCAAAAGUCAGUACUUAUAAUUACAUUUUCAAAAUUACAGAUAUGUUGAUGUUUUUAAAGGGAAUUUAAAGUGUUUCACUCUUUUCAGCAGCUGAGCACUUUAAAAAAAUGCUUGUGAAAUACAUUAAGAAAUGCUGCAUAUUAAGCAGUUGAAAGAAAGACACAUUUUUGGAGACAGUAAACUACCCUUUUAAUUUCACCCCCUAGAAAAUGCUAUUUUGAUGUUUGUUUUUAA